ACCAUUGUUAACUCAUUGUCUUCUCUUCUUCACUUGCUCUCUAUCUAUACUAAGUUCUGUUCUUACCUAGUUUAUACAUGCUUUAAGACUCUCUCUUCUCUCUCUCUCUCUUGAUUGUAAUUUGUUUUUCCUAUUCAUAAAGGAAAAAAAAAACAAAAAAAAAGAUGAAUAUCUCUCAAAGCCCUAAUUUUACGUAUUUCUCCGAUGAAAGCUUUAUUAAUCCUUUCAUGGACAACAAUGAUUUCUCCAAUCUGAUGUUCUUCGAUGUCGAUGAAGAAGGAGGCAACAAUAACGGAUUCGUCGAGGAGGAGAUUUCAUCUCCGACAAGCAUCGUUUCGUCGGAGACAUUUACCGGCGAAAGCGGCGGAUCCGGCAGCGCAACAACCUUGUUUAAAAAGGAAUCAACAAAUAGGGGAAUCAAAGAGAGUGAUCAGACGAAAGAUACGGGCCAUCGAGUUGCAUUUAGAACGAGAUCUAAGAUCGAUGUCAUGGAUGAUGGUUUUAAAUGGAGGAAGUAUGGCAAAAAAUCUGUCAAAAACAACAUUAACAAGAGGAAUUACUACAAAUGCUCAAGUGAAGGUUGCUCGGUGAAGAAGAGGGUGGAGAGAGAUGGUGAAGAUGCAGCUUAUGUAAUUACAACAUACGACGGUGUCCAUAACCAUGAGAGCCCUUCUCACGUCUACUACAAUGACAUGGUUUUGUCUUAUGAUCAUGAUAAUUGGAACCAACACUCUCUUCUUCACUGUUAAUCCAGAAUGUCUUCUCCUCAUGAUUGAGAUUGUAAGAUAGAGCUACCAUUGUUAUAUAUAAUCUUAGUGCAUUGUGUAAUUUUAUAGGUAUAAAUAAUUAAUAAAAAGGAGUUUGGUUUAUAAAUGUUUUAAUGUAUGUAUAUGGCUAUGAAGCAUCUUGUAGUUCGCUAAGAUAUCAAAUAUAAUUAAGUGUA